UGUAGCGUCGCUGAGGAAAGGUCCGGUUCCGCACAAGAGUUCCUCGGUUGCCUAGUCCCGUCCCGUUACAGAACAAGAAACGGAGGAGUAUCACUCCUCUUAACAGUGGCUUAUCUAUCAUUCUUCAUUGGCAUAUCUUCCAUUACCAGACGGGCACUCUCUGCUAUAGAACGUGAAAGAUGAUGGCCGCGUCCUUGCGCCGCUGGAGGAAAGUGUGGCCGCAGGUUAGCUGCGUCCGGGCGGCGAGUGGCAUGGAGGGCGUCCCUUACAAGGACACAAUAAAGGACAAAUCAGUGCACGCGCCCCAGACAGUUCCUUGCGAGGCAGACGUAGUGGUGGUCGGUGGAGGCUCGCUCGGCUGCAACGCACUCUACCACCUGGCUAAGUUGGGCGUCACCAACACCGUUCUGCUGGAGACUCACCAGAUCACGUCAGGUACGACAUGGCAUACCGCGGGCUUACUGUGGCGUCUGAGACCCAGCGACGCAGAGAUUCACUUGAUCAACACAACGAGGGAGCUUCUGGCAAGAUUAGAAGAUGAGACAGGUGUUAAUCCUGGUUGGAUUAAUAACGGAGGUUUAUUCAUAGCGUCAAGCAAAGAAAGACUACAAGAAUACAAACGUCUAAUGACUGUAGGCCGAGUCCAAGGCAUUGAGAGCUACGUGCUGGACCCUGCUGAGACCAAGAAAUUGUACCCACUCAUGAACGUUGACGAUCUGGCCGGUACACUGUAUUGCCCCGGAGACGUACAUGUAAAUGUAGUAUCAUGGAUGUUAUACACAUCAUUCCACAGACCUAAAUAUCUACAAAUAAAAUGUCUCUGGAAAUGUCAGAUGUUCGCCGUGGGAGGGUCUAGGGCUGCUAGGUUCUGCUGGGUUGCUCGUGUCCAUGCUCGAGAGGAGUAUUCCAAUACUGAGCGAAAUUGUGACUUCCCGGAGAAAGGAGACGGAGAAUCAUUAUAUUUGGUUAGGAAGUUGCAGCAGAAAAGAUGUUGGGCUAACGACAUAGCUAACAUGGUGGGCGUAGAAGUUCCUUUGGCACCUAUGAAGCACGCUUAUGUGGUGACUGAAAGGAUCCCUGGCAUAGAGAACAUGCCUAAUGUCAGAGAUCACGACGCUUCCGUGUACUUGAGACUACAGGGCGAUGCUCUCUCUGUGGGUGGUUACGAAAACAAUCCAGUCUCUCUUGAUAAGGUUGAGCGAGAGUUCUCCUUCGGGCUCUACGAGCUGGACUGGGAUAUUUUCAUGGCGCAUAUCGAAGGCGCCGUUAAUAGGGUGCCUGUGCUGGAGAACACUGGCAUCAAAUCAACUGUGUGCGGCCCAGAAUCUUUUACUCCUGACCACAAACCCGUAAUGGGUGAGGACCCGACAGUAGAAGGAUUCUUUCACUGCUGUGGUUUUAACAGUGCAGGCAUGAUGCUGGGAGGAGGAUGUGGGGACCAGAUUGCAAAAUGGGUUGUCCACGGUCGACCCGAAAUUGAUAUGUUUGGUUACGACAUCAGGCGAUACCACACCCCUCUUAACGCCAACAAACCGUGGGUCUUAGAGCGCUCUCAUGAGUCAUAUGCAAAGAAUUACAGUAUUGUAUUCCCACACGAUGAACCCCUUGCUGGUCGCAAUCAGAGGCGGUCUCCGCUUCACAAUGUGCUGGAGGACCUCGGCUGUGUAUUUCAGGAGAGGCAUGGCUGGGAGCGUCCUGGCUGGUACAACACCGUCCCUGCCCCAACACAGCCGUAUGAUUGGUAUGGCUUCUAUGGCAACGACCUCAGCUCAGAUACAAGAUACAAGACAAUGCUAACUGCUGAUUAUACUUUCGACUUUCCCCAUCAUCAUGAUCUGAUACAGAAGGAGUGCCUAGCCUGCCGUAAUGCUGCCGCCAUCUUCGACAUGUCUUAUUUUGGAAAGUUCUACCUGACAGGACCAGAUGCACAGAAAGCCGCCGAUUGGCUAUUCUCGGCAGACGUGGCAAGGGAUCCAGGUUCUACUGUUUACACUUGUAUGCUCAACCACAGAGGAGGAAUUGAGGCCGACCUUACUGUGAGUGUGUGUGACGGCGGAGAGGGAUCACCUUGUGAUCCAAAGUUUGAGGGGCGCGGGUUCUACUUAGCAGCAGGAGGCGCAGCAGCCCUUCAGAACCUGGCCCAUGUCACCAAAGAAUUAAGAUCUCAUAAGUGGAAUGUCCAGAUCCUGGACCACACAGAUGACAUGGCCAUGCUAUCCAUCCAAGGGCCCAACAGCAGAGCCAUUCUACAGCAGCUGAGUGACACAGACUUCAGUGAUGCAGCAUUUCCUUUUUCUUCACACAAAGUGAUCACAAUAGCUGGCCACAAGGCAAGGGCACUUAGGUUGUCCUUCGUUGGUGAAAUGGGUUGGGAACUUCAUGUACCUAACGAGUCAGCAGUUGCAGUCUACAAGGCGGUGAUGGCUACUGGGGAGCCUCUUGGGUUAGUCAAUUCUGGUUAUCGAGCCAUUGACUCUCUAUCUUGUGAGAAGGGCUAUCGCCAUUGGCAUGCUGAUGUACGUCCUGAUGACACACCCCUUGAGGCUGGCCUUGCAUUCACCUGCAAGCUUAAGACAGAUACAAAUUUUCUUGGGCGCCAAGCCAUUGAGCGUCAGAAAGCAGAGGGCAUCAGGAAGAAGCUCGUGACUUUGACCCUGGAUGACCCAUCAAAGCCUCUGUGGGGUCUUGAGGGAAUUUGGCGAAACAACGAAGUCCUAGGGUAUGUGAGACGCGCUGAAUAUGCCUUCUACCUUGGCCGUGCCAUAGCAUAUGGGUACGUUGAGCGGCCAGAUGGGGAGCGGAUCACCAGCGACUUCCUUGAAAGUGGCUCUUGGCAGCUCGAAGCCAUGGGAACUAUGCUUGAUGCUUCGCUUCAUGUUCGGCCGCCAUUUGAUCCCAAGAAUUUACGCGUGAAAGGACUAUAUAGUGAAGUCAACUAAAUAGUCGAGUUUUCAACUGCUGGCUAAACGUUGUUGAGUCCAGUAUCUUCAUAUAUUUUGUUCAUGACAGUUCCUGCCUUAUAUGCCACUAAGACAUUCCUCAAACAUGUUGUUUUCUUUUAAGUGUUGGGUAUUUUUUGAUGGAUGAAGAUUUUUGAUAUAUAGGUUUUUAUUAUUAUCCACAAUUUCCAUGAGGUCUAUUCCAGUGUCAUUAUAUAUUUGUUCUUAGUUGUAGAAAUUCUAGAUGCAUGAUUUUAUCAUAUGCUAAAUGCUAAUCUUUCGUUUUUUUGUGUUCGGGAAGCACAUCUUACUUGACAGGGUGCCAAAUCGUUCCUUAUGGUACGCAGUGAAUUUGUUGUAUGAUGUACUAAGUAUUCAUUUAAUACAGACCAAUCAGAAAUAUUUUGAAUACACGUUAAUAAAAAAUAUGGGUGAUUAUUCGUCAAACCUUUUGACAUACAGAUAAUAGUUUUGUUUCCUUAUGUAUGAAAUCAGAAACUCUGGAUUAAAGAUAAUGAUAUUUCAGAGAAAAA